AUGAGCGGUGGUGGCGGCGGUGGCGGAGGUGGUGGCGGCGGCGAGCAGGUUGGUGGAGCAGAAACCGACUCAUGUCACCUCCAGAGGGGAGGAGCAUCAAUCAUCUCAGAUCAGCCUGUUUUCACUCCUUCACACACAGAGCUGAAGCCUUUCAGACCCUUCGCAGGGCCGUGUCUGCGGAGGGGGGGCCCAGGGGUGCCUACCCCAGAAUCCUCAAAUCUGAUUGGCUGUUGGAUAUAAAUGAUGAUUAGUUACUUGGGCUGCUGGUGGUUCAUGGACUCUGAUUUCUAAGGUUUGUGAGCCGUUGACAGUCUGAGUAAAUCUCACAGAGAUUCAUCCGCCCACUCAGACCAGUGGAACAAUAUUAGGGAGCUGUGUUUUAUUUUGGAGGGUUCAUUUUUGUUGGAGGACGAGGAUGUAAGAGAAGAAACCGGGGUCAGCGUUAAUGAAGUCUGUGUCACAACAAGGGAUCGGGUUAAAGCAAAAAGGAAAAGUCCGACUCAGACUUCAAAAUGUUCAAAAAAAAAGAUUAAAAAGGGAAAAAAAACACAAAGAAUCAAAGUGGGGACACAAAAAUACACACACAUCAACACACACAGACAACAACACACAGACAGACAUACACAUCGACACACAAACACACAAAGAACCAACAAGAACAGAAAGGAAGACAGGGACUAUAAACACACACAGGUAAAUGAGACACAGGUGAGACUGAUGAGUGAACAAAGGAAUCAACUCCUACAACAUAAAACAGGAAAUAAACAAAAAAUCAACUCCUACAAAUAAAACAGGAAAUAAACAAGAAAUCAACUCCUACAAAAUAAAACAGGAAAUAAACAAGAAAUCGACUCCUCCAAAAUAAAACAGGAAAUAAACAAGGAAUCAACUCCUACAAAAUAAAACAGGAAAUAAACAAAAAAUCAACUCCUACAAAAUAAAACAGGAAAUAAACAAGGAAUCAACUCCUACAAAAUAAAACAGGAAAUAAACAAAAAAUCAACUCCUACAAAAUAAAACAGGAAAUAAACAAGGAAUCAACUCCUACAAACUAAAACAGGAAAUAAACAAAAAAUCAACUCCUACAAAAUAAAACAGGAAAUAAACAAGGAAUCAACUCCUACAAAAUAAAACAGGAAAUAAACAAGGAAUCAACUCCUACAAAAUAAAACAGGAAAUAAACAAAAAAUCAACUCCUACAAAAUAAAACAGGAAAUAAACAAGGAAUCAACUCCUACAAAAUAAAACAGGAAAUAAACAAAAAAUCAACUCCUACAAAAUAAAACAGGAAAUAAACAAGAAAUCAACUCCUACAAAAUAAAACAGGAAAUAAACAAGGAAUCAACUCCAACAAAAUAAAACAGGAAAUAAACAAGAAAUCAACUCCUACAAAAUAAAACAGGAAAUAAACAAAAAAUCAACUCCAACAAAAUAAAACAGGAAAUAAACAAGAAAUCAACUCCUACAAAAUAAAACAGGAAAUAAACAAAAAAUCAACUCCAACAAAAUAAAACAGGAAAUAAACAAGAAAUCAACUCCUACAAAAUAAAACAGGAAACACUGAAAACUGAUCUAAAGAAUAAAACACUGAGAACAGGAGGGAAACAGGGUCGAACUGAAAACUCACAAGACUGGACUACAGAGGAACAGGAACACUUGGGAAAAUACUCUAAAAAUAAUAAAACCAGUGAAUAAACUCAAUAAAGAGAUGAUAUGGUGACAUUAUAUAGAUAUGAACGACUCUGUUAAACACCAGAGAUUCAUGGAGAUCAUCAGAGAUCCUCGUCUGAGCCCCACAGACCUCUGAAAGUGUCAGGUUCAUCCAUCAGAGAGACGGUGGAGAUAUUUUGGGUUUGGAGAUAAGUGUUGGAUAGACCGGACCAUUAAGAUGACUAACUGGGUUUACCUGGAGCUAAAAAUACGACGCUCAUCUGAAAAAGACGUGAAAUAAAGAGCUGAACUCUAAAGACAGGAGACCUCUGAGUGUCACACUGACAGUAUUAAACCUCUCUGUUUUAACAGGGCGGCGGUUUAAAUGAGUCGGCGGCGGCGGCGGCGCCCUGCAGGCCUGACCGUUGUCCUUCCGCUCUCACAUACAACAGGAUGAGGAAACAGCAGCAGCAGCUCCUCAGCGCUGGCUGGGUCACAUGGACUUUUCCAGGACAGCUCAGUGUGCAGGCUGAGCUGAAGCAGACAUAA